UUCGGACUCCCCCUCACGGCCCGGCAUCCGGCUUCCGAGAAUCCAACGCGACGAGCCGCACGCAGGCCGAACACGCCGCCGCCGCCGGCUACCUCCCUACCGCCGCCUUCUCCUGUCUUCCUCCGCCGGAUCCUCCACCCGCCGCUCCUACCUCGGUUUAGUGGGCGUGGAGCAGGAGUCGAUUGGAGUGGGGAUCCUUCCGCUCGUGGAUUGAUUUUGUCAUUUGCUCUUCUCGGCGCACCAGGUGGCGGCGCGGAUUUUUUGUCCAAAACUCCGGCCACAUGGACAACGUCGAGUCUGCCCCUGACUCGCCAGCGCAGGCGCCGCCGUCCUCCGCCUCGUCUCUCCCCAAGGAGCAAUCGCAGGUGGAGUUGGAGCUGAGGCUUCUCCAGGCUCUCGAGUUCUACCCUCCGUCCAAACUCAAAGGUGUUCAUCGUCACUUUGUUCUCUAUGGCCUCAUGGAAUAUUUGAGAAAAAGCCUUGACCGUCAAUUCUCUGCUGAUGAGGUUUUGCAACUAUUGGACCGUUUCUUUAACCUAGAAAUGCUGAAACCAGAGGAUGAUGAGAAGGACAACUUCAGCCAAGGGGAAGAAUUUUCCUUGCCAGAGAGCUUUUUCAACAAGGAAGAAUAAUAGCAAGUAACUCAUAAAUGCUUCACAAUGUCGUCGAAGGUACUUUGAGUAUCUUCUGGAAGAGAAAUCAGGAUGGUGGUUCCUAGUGACUCCCACUUCCUGGUAGUCAUUGUCUAGGACAUCCGUUGCUAGUAGACACAUUUGCUCAGAUGUGUUCAUGUUUACUGACUUGUAUAGCUUUUGUUGACUCUAGGGUAUCCAAUCAAUGGAACUGCGCGGUUGGUUCCAUUAAGCAUUUUUCCUAGCCUUGCCUUCUAACACAGACAGUUGCCUGAUACUCACUGAAAGGCAACGUUUAGUAUUGCCCUCGAUAUUUCUUAUGGGCGUAGUUUCAACUCCAUUGUGGAAUGCUUAUUCUAGUCAUUGAUGUGCUCGACUUGUUCUACACGGGCUUGGGCCAAAAUUUUACCGUGAAUAUUGAAAGCUCAGACAUUAGGUUGAUA